GCAGCUGCAGCAAGUCUACUUAGUUAUACAGAAGUGAAGAGUGCCCCCUAGUUACGUAAAACCAUUAAUGCAAUCGACUGGAAGGACCAAUCCGAACAUGGCCUCUUCAUAUCUAAAGAACACGACAUGAACUCAACAUCUCUGAAGGACACAAGCAGAGGAGCAAGGGGAGUGCGUCUUGGAACGACGGAACCCUAAGAAAGAUGUCUGACCACCCGAAUGCGACCUCCACUUCUGGGACUUCCUCAUCUAGCAGGAACUUUUUUCGGCGCUUAGUUCCAUCGACGAGGCCGUUUUUUCUACGACGUAGCAGGGCAGCAGGAGGCAGCCUCUGUCAUCAAGGAUCAGCAAGUACAAGUAUCUCAAGCAGAGCAAACAUGGGUAACGCAGAAUCUUCUCCUGAUGCGAUCGUCGCUGUAGCCGGUGCAGAGACGAGUGAUGACAUAAUGCGGCAACAGAGACCAACAUCUUCUAGUACGGCGGAAAGCACUAGCAGUCGACCGAUGGGUAAUCGAAAUCCUGCGAUACUGACGACAACCCGGCAGAAUCUGCCAAUCGUCAGGGCUGAGGGUGGUGCUGCGCCGACUGCGACAAGUACCAGCAGUAGACCUAACCAGACCGGUUCUUUGUCAAGUACGACAGGUAGGAGGACACACACUGACACACCAGCAUCCUCAUCAAGUGGUGUCACUAAUUCAAGUAGGCUGAAUGCUGCAGCUGCAUCAAGUGGCACCAGUGCACUGGCUACAGCUGCGUCUUCCUCCACUUCCUCAAGAAGGAUUACGAGAGCUAGUGCCGAACUAAAUGCUCCUGCAACUAGCACAACGAAUGCUGUCUCAUCGGCUAGAUCUGCUUAUUCGGCCAACAGCGGCGCUAGUUCUAGCAGUCGUGCACGAGGUACGUCUAACGGGAAUGUCGUCUACAACAGUGCUGCUAGUUCUAAUGCGACAACUAAUCGACGCUCGGCUCCAACAGGUGGUGCAACGCAUUCCUCUUCAUCGAGUAGCAACGUGGCUGCCUCAUCACGCAAUCAAAAUGAGACGUCUACCUCGACUGCAAGACCAUCUCAAAGCAAUGUUGACGCACCAUCAGCUUCCCAACACUCCUCGUUGCGCUAUCGUGCGAGUGCGGGACGUACAGAAGCGAUGCCUGGCGCGGUCAGCGAGUCUCCGACAUCACCGAGAGAAGGAGCUGAUUAUGUGUGUGAUUUUUUCUUCCGCUUGGUUGUUGUGGUAAGUACCUACUUGUGCAUUAAUGCGUGAUUGUGGUGAGUACUUACCUAUUUCAAAAAGAACAGUACGGAAUUGAAAGACCAUUACAAAGUGAAAGAUAGAUGCUCCACGUGAGUAUUCAGAGAUGACUGGUUUUCAUAGGCUCUAAGACCUUGGCGCAGAGCAAGUACAAUUCUACGACGCCGAUCUGCCUGACCUGCGCACUGCUGAGCAAAUUGCAAGAGCCAGAUUGGAAACCCUGCCAGACACCCCUAGAUGUAUGAACGGUAGUAUUCAACACGAACUCCCCUUUCACUUUCUAAAGCAUCGAUAGCCCUUUUCGUUUCUAGUGGUGCCAUCAGAUGUAAAGCCGAGUGACCUUCUGCUCUUCGAGCACAGGAAGAACGAGCCCACCUCGCGCAUAGUUUAUAAUAUUUCGCCUUCCUUAUUUAGGUCUAUAAGCACAGGAAGAACGAGCCCACGACCUCACACCAGCUGUAAAUUACGAUCUCUUUCACGGUUAGGUCUACUCUCACCAUUCCCAAAACCAAUUGUCCCCGCUCAAGAGUUUUUACGAUGGUACGCGGCCACCUCCCGCAGCAAACGUCUUCGACUUGUUGGACGGCGCCGCACGUGCUGUCAGAGACGGCCUCGCCACCAUACUCUCAGGGGACGACUCACCACAACGAGAUAACCAAAACACCCUUGGACCAGUGCCGUAUUGUCCCUCUGUCUACAACGCCAAUAAUUACCGGACAACAAGUUCCGGAUCAACGGCUGGCUGCGCUAGUGGAUUUGGUCUCAGUGCUUUGGGUAGUCUUGCUGGAGGUAGUAGUUCUUCAGGUGGUCAUGCGAAUAGCUCAUCAAGCACAACGAGCUAUGUCUUCAAUAAAAGUGGCGCGUCUGCAGCUUCCUCUGCCAGGAAUAAACUUUUAAGAUGAAGCAUUUUUUUUUUCGUAUUUAAAUCCCGUUCUAUCUUCUCUUUACAUCAAUAAUUAAGCUCAAAGCCGCUCAGGCGUCAAAAGAUACCUCCAGAACAGGGAAAUGAAUGAAUGAAUGAAUGAAUGAAUGAACGAAGGAAUAAUGUAGCAGUCCAGUGAGUUUAAGUACUCAAGAGUCUUCUACUCAAGAAAGCCAACUUCUUCAUUCUUCUAAGUCUACUCGAAAUCUACGCCGACCUCGAUGCAGAGGAGCCGCCACCUGUUUUAGAUGAACCAGAACUAAAUCAGGCGGAGCUGGACACCUUAAGUUGGAAAGAGCGAUCUGCCAUAGCUGAAAGCCGGUCAGCAGCAUUGGCCAAAAGAUGCGCCUGGCUCGAGGCGCGCAGGUUGCGGACAGAGGAAUUCUUGAGACAAUUAUGGGAAAAUGUUUAUAAGCUACUUACAGACAUGGAGGGAUGUUGUCUUAUAAGAAGUAGACAACGGUGUGAAAAAAAUUACUUAGAGGGAUGUCUUAAGAAGUAGGAAAUGCAUGGUGAGUGUGGGAAAGUGACAUCAACAUCGACUCUUACUUGAAGACAAGGCCACUCACAAUACGCUAUCCUCUAACCUCGCAACAGCAGACCUACAGGCGGAUGUCGGCACUAGACCAACACGAAUAUCAGACACAAAUCGAGACCCUCAAAGCCAUCAAGGAAGAGCUCUUCGCUCACACAAAAGCCGUGGAAGCCGAAAAACAAGAGCUGCAGGUGAAAUAGAAAUUUAAGCUAACGAUAGUGGUCUUGAUCUUUGGUAUAGAACAAGAUGGAGCGAGUGAAUGUUUCUUGAUCAUCAUUCACAUUCAGAUACUGAUAAAAAUUUUAUCGACAACCUCAGGAUUCUAUAUCCUCCGACCGAACGUGCUGCACAUGCCUGGAUAAGCCCAGUUCAGUUGUCUUCUACCCUUGCUGCCAUCUCGUUUGCUGUCCUUCUUUUAUGGGUUUUGGAAUUCUUGCAGUCUCUUUAGAUCUUCCUGGGGUCCUUCUUUUAUGGGUUUUGGAAUUCUUGCAGUCUCUUUAGAUCUUCCUGGGGUUUUAGUGAUCCCCUUUAGAUCUUCAAAAAAACUACAUCCAGAAAAACUACCUCAGAAGAGUGGGAAUGAAAGCCUUCUGCAGGAAGAUGCAUUGCUCUGUCUAACACCCGCUCGCAACGUCUCGACCACUGCCCUGUUUGCCGCAGAGUAAUCCACCAAAAACUUCCGGUUUACAUUGCAUGAAGAAGCUGGAGGUACCAGGUGACAUUGCAUGAAGGAUGUACCUUCUAUUGCACAUGUAGUAAGAGCGUUCCAUGCGUCUAGAGGAUCCGCUUCAAACGGUCUGGGUGGAGGGUCUGUCGCUGUGAGUGGCAGAUCCAAUGUCUCUCAUCCUACUUGGGGACUAUGAAUAAAUCAUGAUCACAAGAACACCGCGCCAAGUUAUUGACUCCCGGUCGAUACUGCAACGCGUGGCGGUCUACACUUCGCAACAACAUCUACUAUGUUCGUGGCCUAUCAUCUCCGUUGCAAUAUUGGAGUUGACGGAUGUUAUCAGUCGUGGUCGGACAAAAUAUACGCCUUGCGCGACACCUGCGCAGUUCUCGCUAAGAAAUUUUUUCAGUGAUGCAACCUUUUUUGAAUAUGAUAAGCCCUUGCACAGUGCGUUGCUGCUAC